UCCACGCCUAUGGAGCGAGCCUGGUGCUGCGGUGGAUCGCGGCCGCUGGCCUAACACAGCAUCCACACACACACUCACAGGGAGCGAGUCCAGGGCAUCGAGCGCCGCGAUAUGUGCUGCCGUGCCAACGUCUCUGGACGAUGCCCGCCAUCAGGAUAAGGGAUGUAAAAGGCGAUAAGCUUCUGCGGGGGCAAGAGGGCGAAAUGCGGCGACGUCUGUCCACCAGGUCCUCGUGACAAGAUGAACACCUCGCCGGCGACGGAGAACAUUUCUCUGGUCUUCGACGACUCCCCCCGCGAGGCUACCUACACCAUUACACAGAUCGUAUUCAUAGGCACCAUUGCGGCACUUCUAUCGUUGUUGACGGUGGUUGGAAAUAUCAUGGUGAUGAUAUCGUUCAAGAUCGAUAAACAACUGCAAACCAUAAGCAAUUACUUUCUGUUUUCGCUGGCGGUGGCCGAUUUCGCCAUAGGACUCAUUUCAAUGCCUCUCUUCACGAUAUCCACCCUUCUAGGUUCCUGGCCCUUAGGGCCUCUGAUCUGCGAUACCUGGUUGGCUCUGGAUUACCUGGCCAGCAACGCUUCAGUAUUAAAUUUGCUCAUAAUCAGUUUCGAUCGAUAUUUUUCGGUUACGAGACCGCUCACUUAUCGUGCUAAAAGGACCAAUAGGAAGGCUGCGUUUAUGAUAGGGAGUGCUUGGGGCAUAAGUUUGUUACUUUGGCCCCCCUGGAUAUACAGUUGGCCAUACAUUGAAGGAAAGAGAACUGUGCCUGACAACGAGUGUUAUAUACAAUUCAUCGAAACCAAUCAUUACAUUACUUUUGGUACUGCGAUAGCUGCGUUUUACGUUCCGGUUACUGUGAUGUGUUUUCUGUAUUGGCGAAUUUGGCGGGAAACGGAAAAAAGACAGAAAGAUCUGCCUAAUUUACAGGCGGGCAAAAAAGAUAGCAGUAAACGGAGCAACUCUAGUGACGAAGCGACCAACGCUUGCUCCACGGUAGACAUGGACGAGUGGAAGAGACCCAGGUCGGAAUCCUCCACCGCCGACACUGACUCAGUUUACAUGCACAGCACGGUCAGUGUGGAUCCGCAGCGACGGAAAAAACCGAUGAUUUUUGUAUCGCAACGAGGUGCUAGAGGUAGGGGUGUGAGGGGGACAAUACGUCGUCUACGCAGCUGGUGCGUCACCUGGUGGCAUUCGGGGAGAGACGACAACAGUGACACGGAGGAAGAGAGUCCCAGCGAGCAAGGUCAAGGCUGUAUUACACCAGUGUCCUUGGACACGCCCUUGCAGAGCUCUGUAUCAAGGUGUACGUCAUUGAACAUCAUCAGGGAUCCUUACACAACCAGGGACUCUUCGUGGAGCUCAACCGGAGCCCCCAACAUGACCCCCACUCGGUUUGCUCCAAGAGACACGCGCAGUCUUCCCAUGACUAACAGGGUGGGAGGCCGAUCCUCGGCGUCAUCCGAAGGCGUCUACACCAUCUUGAUCAAGCUGCCCGGCGAUGGCGGUGGUCACGGGGGUACCAGCGAGGGGCCUUCCAUCAAAAUGAUCCCCGAGCAACCAGUAGAGGAGGAGGAGAUCAAGGCCAACUCGAAUUCGGUGGGCCACGCUGGUGCGGCUAAUCACUUGAACAGGAGGCCUUCGGCGAUGCCCGAUAUUAGGAUCCCGUUGAACGCUAAAGGCAUUCCGAAACACGCGGGCGGCAAGACGCUGCUGGCCAACGCGACCAAGAACCACGGCAAGAAGAAAAAGAAGACGCAGGAGAAGAAGGCGGACAAAAAGGCCGCCAAGACCUUAAGCGCGAUCCUGCUGACCUUCAUCAUCACCUGGACCCCGUACAACAUCCUGGUGCUGCUCAAACCGGCGACCGCGACGAGCGCUCGCAUCCCCCAGCAAGUGUGGGACUUCUUCUACUAUUUGUGCUACAUAAACUCGACGAUCAAUCCGAUGUGCUACGCGCUGUGCAACGCCAGUUUCAGGCGGACCUAUCUCAGAAUUUUGCAGUGCAAAUGGCACAACAGGAACAGGGCCGCGGUGAAUCGGGGGUUUUACAAUAACUGACGAUGAACGCGCACGCGCGCGACACGCGAAACGAGACUUUUUAUAGGUUAGGAAUACGAGGGCAGAACGGCGUGAAGUGAGCGGUAAAAGAAGCCUAGAGUUUUGAAAUGGGACGGUCUUGCUUAAUUCUCUAAAAAGAAGAGAAAGGUGUAUCAGGUACUAUUAUAUUGUGCAGGACAUAUUAUAUGAAUAAUUUGUUAUAUUUCUUUACUAUCUUUUUUAUACAGUAGAACUGAAUUCGAGGAAGGGAAAACUCUACUUACAGAAAAAUAUGCCAAAUUAAAAAAAUAAAAAAAGAAUAUUAUUUACAUAAUACAGGA